AUGUCUACUAUGAGCAGAUCCAGGGCGAGCCUAUCACCAGCAGCCUCAGAAAGGUCGACGUUACCUAUGGGAGCGUCUGCCGAACCAGGUAGCCCAGACUUCAAGUCUUUGGAACAACCAACGAGGGAGCAGCUUCUAACCCACUUUUUUGAAAGAUUCAAGUUCUACACAUCGCUCUGUCUUGGAACGUCAGCCAUACUCGCAGUCUUCGCUUUCCUCUUCUUGAUACCCUUCGUCGUCGAGCCUGCUAUACAGACGAUAUUAGCAGAGUUCGUACCGGAAGCUGGUAUCUGCUCCGUAUCUGAACACGUUCACGCUGAAACUUUGACUAAUUGCACCUGGGCGUCGUGCAGAGAAGGAUGCACGACCGCCCACACUAAAUGUCAUAAGAUACGUGUAAAUUUAUCUAGAAGACCGUUUGUAGAGAAUGCACCAGUGCCGACUGAAUGGGACGAGACUGAUUUGAAGUUUCUGAUAAACCCUGAAGGUUGUGGGUAUCCUCCGAGAGUGAAUUGUUCGGUUUUUGCGACGGAUUAUGCGGGUCCGAGGGCGCCGAAGAUUUUUCCUUGCUACUAUAGUUUGACGAGGUCGGACCUGGUGGUGGCGAGGUACUCGUGGGAGUCGACGGUGAGGGGGCUGAUCCUGGCCCUGGUGCUGCCCACGACGGUGUUCGUGUUCAGCCUGAGUGUGCUCGCGUAUUGGCACUGUCGUUGUUGCGACAGGGCGUGUAACAGACGGGUGCACGCCGAAUCCUUCGCGAGUAAAGAAGACAGCAAACUGUUAUGCGAGUUGGAUGAUGAUCCGAGCGAUGAUGUGUUCUGACGCCGAGCUUCAGCCGCCCGCCGCCGCGCCUCCCCCCGCAACCCCGCAGGCUACGCACAGCUGUAGAACUACGCGGUUCUGCGUAGUCACUACAUGGUUCUCACGUAAAUACUACAUCUAAAGUGGUUGCUACGACAUCUUUGCUAGGUUCUGCGUAGCCACUAGUAGUUGCUACGUAGUUCUUGCAUGGUUCUGCGUAGUAGCUGCGUAGUUGCUACGUACUCCUUGCAUGGGUCUGCGUAGUCACUACGUAGUUCUUGCCUGGGGCUUCGUAGUCUUCUCGUAGUAUUUACGUGAUUAUCCUCUAAUGACUAUGUCAUAUUUCUGUAGCCUUUGAAUUUUAUCAAGAUCUAUCUACUAAACUCGAGUAUCUGACACUAAAAUAACUUAUUCUAUUUGCUAUCGGUUGAAACGUUUACCUAAUAUUGGAAGGUUGUGAGUAAACUAUAAUUAUGCUCAUUAUAGGUUCAUCUAUGGUUUACCUUCUUGUAUUAAUAAAAUUGUUUUUAGAAUGGGCUGAUACAAUUUGUCAGUUAAUGUAAAUCCAACGUUUAACGUAGUUCUGAAGACAAAAUCCAUUUGGCCUCUGAUCUUUUUAAAGAGCAAACUAUUUAAAAUAGAAGUAAAAUAAAGUUUUGACCUUUCAACCGAUAGUGUUUCCAGUAUUCUUAUCUAAUAACAUUUCAAUAGAGCAUUAGCGAAAAUAGGAAAGUGCAAUUACCUUACAAGGCUGCAAAUAUAGGGGAGGGGUUAAAAUCAGACCAGUAUUAAUAAAUAACGACUUUUGGCGGGCAAAAGGCUUACGCUUUAAAGCAUUUAAGAAAAUCUAUGAAAAAAUAAUAAUAAUAUAAUGUAACAACGUCUCUUUAUUCUAAAACUGAGCUAUGCCGGAUAGUAAUUAAGUCCUUUUUUUAUAUUUUUUGCUUCCGGAAACGCGUGAUUAUUAUUUUAUUUUUUACUUAUUAAUAAUUAUUAAAAUUAAACAUAGAUAGAAAAAAAUAUCAUUCUAAUAUCAUGUUCAAAAUUGUGUACCUUAAUAAAAUAAUGAUGUCAUAAAUAUUUUCGUCGGCAUUUUGAAAAAAAUAACUAUAAAUAAAGAAAAGAUAAUAAUCAUAAAUUCAUUUUUGAAAUAAUAAUGUAGAAAACACUUUCAAGAAUUUAUCACACGCCUAAAGUAGAAAAAUAUAACAAUUAUUGUACAUACAAUAAUAAUUUAUUGUGAAUGAUUUAAUUAUUUGUAUUUUAUUUUAGUAAUAAUUAUGUUUUUGUCAUAAAAUGGAAUUUAAUUUUAGAGUUCACUGUAUAGAAAUUUUAGAAGCUUAUAAGUGUGACAUUAUUUUAAAUGCAUCUUUGAAGUGGUAGGUUUAUAAGUAAAAUAAAUGGAUAAUAGCACAACUGUUAUAAAAAUUAAGUUUUUCUUGUAUUUUGUACUUAAAAUAAUUAUGUUUACAGAAAUAUCUCAUUAUUUCAAAAACUAUUGUUAAGCUAAUUUUAAAAUAAUCUUGUAUGUGGACAUUGUUUAACCAUUUAGCUUCUAUUAGCCAGAAUUAAUUAAGAUUAAGUUAAAUAAAAAUAAAAAUUGUUGUAAAUAAUCUGCCACGUUUUGUGAUAUUACAUUUAAAAUUAUAUUGUUCAAAGCUUUAAAUUUAAAUCAAUCUCUUGUGUGUAGUAAAUGUGUUAAAAUUAUCCCUAAAUAUUUAUUUAUAAUUAUCGUUCUAAAAUAUAAAUUAUUUAUCCUUACUGUUUUGUUUUCCAAUAAUAUUUUUUAUUAAAUUAUAAUAAUUAAAAUUGUAUUUGUAAAGUAUAAUCGAAAUGUUAUUCAAUGUGAAUUAUAUGUAAAUAAUUAUAAUUAUAAAAUGUUUUGUUGGAGUCUAAUGAUUAGAUUAGGUAAUAACGCAAGUGAUGCAUCAAACUGCAACAAAACACAAAGUGUAAUGACAAAUAAAGCUUGUUUUGUAA